AUGUCUGGUAAUCAAGAAAGCCAAGCGUUCAUGAUCGCUAACUCACCGAUAGUAGACGAAGAAGAGGCGGGAUCUCCGACCGGGUGCGGCUGUUUCAGGCUGCUCUCUUUCCGCUCCGGCGAGGGAAACACCAGAGCAUUGAUCGGCGGCGAGAGUGCCGCUGUGUGGUGGCGGGGAAAGGCGAAGAAGGUGAGGGAGUUGUCGGAGGUGGUGGCGGGGCCGAGGUGGAAGAAUUUGUUGAGGAAGAUGGGGAGAUAUUGCAACCCUAAGUUGAAGGGCGGUUAUAAGGCUCAGUUUAUUUACGACGCGCAGAGCUAUGCGCUGAACUUCGAUAACGGCACGGCGGCGGCGGCGGCGGCGGAGGAGGAGCAAGGCAAUGGGCUUUUCCGUAAUUUCUCGUCUAGGUAUGCUGUCCCCGCUGUCGGUCAACAAAUGAAAGCGGGACUGUGA